GGUCACCCGGCAAUGUGGCCUUGCAGGUAGAUAUCCAAUCUCCAGGAAUGCAUCUAAGUCCACCACCAAUUCCGUAAUAGAACAGAGUAGGAUCUUUCGUUCCCUCAAGACCUACCCGGUGAGAUGUCUCAUCCGAGAAUACAUUUAUUAUGCAG